CAUGAAAAAAGAGAUGGCUGAAAAGACAAUCACAAUUGAAGAAGAAGAACAAGAAACAGAGAUUCUUGCAUUUUUAGAUGAAGAAGACGACUUAUUAUUAAAAGCAGAUAUCAUUGAAGACGUGGAUCCUGAUUUGGAACAGACACAGGAAGUAGAAGAAGAGAAACUCAAAUUCAAUCAACAAUCACCCAGAGAAACAGGACAAAAGACACCCAAGCCAGAAACAGAAGAAACUCAAAAGAAGAGCAAGUCUAAAAAGAAGAUAGCGCCUAUUGAACAAGAGGAAGAGACUGAAGAAGAAUUCGAAAUUGAACGCAUUGAAGGUCAUCGUAUUUACAAGGGCAAAGUAGUGAAUUACGAGAUCAAAUGGAAAGGAUAUCCUAGUAGUGAAAAUACAACUGAAAAGGCCAAUACUAUUCACGCUGAUGUCUAUGAUCUUUGUGCUGCUUAUUGGGAUAGUUUACCUGAUAUUCCUAGACCUUCCAAUGCACCUAUAAGCAAAAAACCUCAGCAAGUUACAGAAUCACGAUCCCCAUCACCACAACCCUCUUUACCACCUCCUAUCCCUCGUAGACCAAAGACACCUGAGCCCAAACAGGCCAAAACACCUGAACCCAGACAAACCAAGACACCUGAACCUAAGCCAGUCAAGAGACCUGUGUCUGCUAAGCGUGUCCAUGAUGAAGAUCAGACUGAAGCACAAACAAAACGACUUAAGAAAUAUACAGAGCAUGUUCCUGAUUAUAUGUUUGAAUUAGGAUAUGCUUUCCCUACCAAUUACCCUACAUCAAACACAAAUUGGUCUCAAGAACUUAACAAGGUGUGUGUUCAAGCAUCGCCUGUUGAACCCAAGAUUAUUCUUUGUUAUAUCGAAUGGAACAAUGGCAGAAGAACAAUUCACCCAAUGAAAGAUGCACAUGAACAUAUCCCUAUGAAAUUGAUCAAAUAUUAUGAAGAAAGAUUGCAGUUUAUUUAGAGGCGUAAAAAAAAAAGGGAGUUUAUAUAUAAAUAUAUCUUUCUCUCCUACUAUUUAAUUUCUCUCUCUCUCUCUCUCUCUCUCUUUUUUCUUUCUUUUUUCUUUAAAACU